CGCCGCCAUUGUACGGCGCUGCUCCCAGCGGAGGGUUCCGGCUGUGGCCAGUACCUCGGCGUCUCCGCGUCGCCCGGCAGGUCCGGGGCUCCGGUCCGUGCCGGUGCAGGCGCCGGCAUGUGGCUGUGGGAGGACCAGGGCGGCCUCCUGGGCCCCUUCUCCUUCGUGCUUGUGCUGCUGCUGGUGGUGACGCGCAGCCCCUUCAACGCCUGCGUGCUCACCGGCAGCCUCUACAUCCUGCUGCGGCUCGUCAGCUUCGAGCCGGUGCCGUCCCGCCGGGCCCUGCAGGUGCUCAAGCCCCGUGGCCGCGUGUCCGUCAUCGCCCACCGCGGCGGCAGUCACGACGCGCCCGAGAACACACUGGCGGCCAUCCGGCAGGCAGCUAAGAAUGGAGCAACAGGUGUGGAGCUGGACAUCGAGUUUACUUCUGACGGAGUUCCUGUCUUGAUGCACGAUAACACGGUAGAUAGGACAACAGACGGGUCUGGCCGACUAUGUGAUCUGACAUUUGAACAAGUUAGAAAACUUAACCCUGCAGCAAAUCACAGACUCAGAAAUGAGUUCCCUGAUGAAAAGAUCCCUACCCUGAAGGAAGCCGUUACAGAGUGUCUCAACCACAACCUCACAAUCUUCUUUGAUGUCAAAGGCCAUGCAGAUAUGGCUUCGGCUGCUCUAAAGAAUAUAUACAUGGAAUUUCCACAGCUGUACAAUAACAGUAUGGUCUGCUCAUUCUUGCCAGAAGUCAUCUAUAAGAUGAGACAAAUGGAUCAGAAGGUAAUAACAGCCCUAACUCACAGGCCUUGGAGCCUGAGCCAUACUGGAGAUGGGAAGCCUCGCUACAGUGUCUUUUGGAAGCAGUCCAUCUUUGUGGUGUUGGACAUCUUGCUUGACUGGAGCAUGCACAAUGUCUUGUGGUACCUUUGUGGAAUUUCAGCCUUCCUCAUGCAGAAGGAUUUUGUCUCCCCGGACUAUUUGAAGAAGUGGUCAGCUAAAGGAAUCCAGGUUGUUAGUUGGACGGUCAACACCUUUGAUGAAAAGAAUUAUUACGAGUCCCAUCUUGGGUCCAGCUACAUCACUGACAGCAUGCUAGAAGACUGUACACCUCACUUCUAGAUUCCUGGGAGGAAAUACCAUAGCAAAACUGCCUGGAGGCCUCUCGCAGAGACAUCAGAAUAUUCUUUUAGCACAAGCCCUGGGGCUCCUGUGGCUCACACUAGCAAUAGUUGUAUUUUCACCCCACAAGCUGAAACUAGGUGUGGCCACCAUGCUCCCCGGAAGGCUCAACACUGUUGCCCUUGAAAAUCGGGAUCUGCGAAAAGGCAGGAUGGUCCUGCCCCAAACCCGCUGAGGGUACAGAGCCAUGAGGAUGAGGAUGAGCAGAGUGGGUCCUGCAGUUAGGACACAGGCGUCAGUGCAUGGGGCUCGCACGGUCACUCUGAGUUGACAUUUUAAAUCUUGCCGUACUUCAGUAAUUCAUUUAUUUCUAAUAUUGUCGUCAGCUCUCUUAACGGCGACCUGUAGGUGUCAAACUUGUGACCAUACUAAUAAAAUCAUUGAAAGGUGA